AUGAAAAUUAAGAGCCGUCCGUCUCUUGCGUGCAUUCCCUGUACUAUACGAAAAGUCAAGUGUGACAAAACUAUUCCUUGCAAGAACUGCAUAAAGCGGAAAACCACCCAUGAGUGUCGUCGACGAAACUUGGUUCCAUCGCCUGAACUUCCAGAGUCAAAUACUGAUACUGAGUCAAACCUAUUCAACAAUAGACAAAUAGUACAUUACUUGUACUCUCUCAAAUUGCUGACAUAUGGAAGAGCCCAAAUCAAGGGCCUAGUCCCUGUGGACGAUUUGCUCAAGUACAAUAGAUGGGAUCAGUAUAUGAACCAGUUUCCGACAUUAAUUAAUAAAUUGACUCCUGCGCUUUCUAGGAAGAUAUGCGAAUGUGCAUGCAAUUACACAACUUUUAUUCAUCAAGGAGUUGUGAACGAGCUAUUUCUCAAGGACCACGACAAUUUCUGGGAAGUUCAUGUAUCUAAGAACCCAGCCUGCCUAAACCACACCAGUAAUAAUACCCUCAAAACCAAAUCGUCGAAAGACUACUACUAUUGGAUGUCACUACUUUAUGCCAACUUGUCCACAGGCAUGUAUUUUGGAGUCCAUGAGAUUCAAUCAGAUCUCACUUACACAGAAGCAGAACUCUCUGAGUUUUCGGCAAUUUUCUUCCGAGCCUCACUGGACUGUCUCUUCAGGGCUGGGGCAUUGGAACAUGCCGACGUACGAUGUAUCCAGGUCUUCUGUGUCCUCUCAAUGGGUUUACAUGCAUUAGGCAGCACGUAUUUGCACAAAUCUCUUCUCCGCAUUUCUGUUGAGGCAGCAAAGAAUUUGGGACUGGACCAACUGCAACCCGACAGCGCUCCAGAUUAUCAAAGCGAGGUCUUGAAACGUCUCUUCUACAGCCUCAUGAUUAUAGACUCAUUAAGCAAUUAUCCCAAAAGAUAUAUUGCUGACUUCUCAACCCCAUUGCCAUCCAUAAUCUCAUCUGACGUGCUUCUCGAAAAGGUGAUUCCCGGCCCUCUUACAUUUCCGGAAGCCUGCAAGAAUGAUGAAAUUGCAGGCAUAAUGUAUGAGCGCAUGAUGGUGGAACUCGCGCAGUUGAAGCACGAAAGUUACGAGAAGCCCACUGCUACCGAACUGGUCUCUUGCCUUGAAAGAAUGAAGGUGCUGAGGUCCAAAUUAGACACGUACUUUGGUUCUGAGGGAUUCUCUCCUGGGGAUAAAUCAAUCGCGCAGUACGCAAAAUACCUUUUAUUUUCCUCCAUCACUCGUGAACGGCUAGAGAUCGGUAUUCGCCUGCAAUCUCUUGUUGGCACCCAAGACUGGGCCAAACAAUACCGCCCCCAGUGUCUGGAGGUUGCAACGCAGCUACUUUUUCACAGCACAUCUACUGGGAUACCUGCCUUUUAUAAUCGCUACUGGAUUGUUGCACAACAUUUGAUUUAUGCGUGUUUGUUUGUGCUCUUAGACAUGCUACUUUUCAAAAGCGAGGACGACAAAUACAAGCUUGAAUCUGUCAAGCGCACAUUCCCUACCAUCAAAAAAUUGCAAUCAUACUUCACCGUGAAAAUUGGCUUUGCCAUAAUAGAAAAACUCUGCUAUCUCGUGUCCAAAGUGCGAUUGGACCACCUGGAAAAUGAAACUCUCGAGGCAAUAUCGCUCCGCGAGUUUUUGAAAGAGAUGGAAAUUGCAAACCCGUACAGCUCCAAACUUUCCAGAAACCGUAUUGUGCCAGACAUCACUGAGUCCCAAUAUCUACGUUUUGGCAACGAAACAUCACACCCAAACAGCACAGAUGGAGAUUUUGCGCCUACUGAAGGCGAUCCUCUCACAGAUGCUGAGAACGGCUUUAACGUUACAUCAGCAAUGCUGGACGACAAGGGCUGGUACGAAUUCCUGGACUUCUUUUUUGGAGGCGAGUCUGCUGCCACCAUGUCGGAUAUCUGA